GCGCGUCUCAGAUUGCGUCGCCAGUUUCGUCAUCACGUGAUUAGCAAACAAAAGCAAGUCUCGCAAGCUUUGUCUUGCACCCUACGGAGUAAAUGUUCGAAAAUUUGUGCUGAAUACACAGAAGCCUUCAUACGGCACAUUCGCCAUAAGAAUAGUAUAUCGUUCAUGGAAAGAUCAUUCGGAUAAACUCGCUUUCGUGGACGUUGAGGCUUCUCAAGCUUUCGUAGCUUAGCCUAGCUAUGCUUAGCUCGUUAGCAGCUAACGUAAAGACGUGCUUGUUGUCAGCACAUCGCUAAGCCUAAAUCAAGUGUGAUUCCAAACUUUUGUGCUUAUCCGCCAAAAAUGUGUGCAAAAAGCAUGAAAGCAGAAGAAUAUGCCGAACGACUUUGUUGUUGAACAAAAGAGGACCCCAACGGACAUCAACGCCCGGAAGCAGUUAUCAAAGAGCCCCAAAUCGAAAAGACAUGAGUCAAAACUAUCUUCAUCCUGAGCAGCAGGAGCUGAAGGGCUGCAUCAUCAACACUGAGCAGCAGGAUGGAAUCAACAAGAUUUCAAUGAAUGUCGAUCAGAGUGACGAUAAAGAAGAAACAGAUAAUGGAGACCCCUGUGGAGCAUCACAAGCAGACAACCUCUUGGCUCCAUUAUCAGAUAAUGAUCAUGUAACACUACACUCUUCUGACACUGAUGAUGAAAAUAAUGAUGAUGAACACAAAGGUGGUAUGACCCAUACCACUAAAAAGCAUGUGAAAUGUUCUCAGUGUGACAAAACGUUUUUCAACACGUCAUCAUUGAAAAGACAUACAAGGAUGCACACUGGGGAGAAACCGUUCACCUGCUCAGUAUGUGGCAAAACAUUCUCGAUAAAGGGACAUUUAGUCACCCAUACAAGAACACACACCGGGGAGAAACCUUUUGUGUGCUCAUUAUGUGGUCUUGGAUUUGCUCAAAAGGUUACUUUAAGUAAUCACAUGAGAACACACACUGGAGAAAAACCUUUUGGCUGUUCAAUGUGUGGCCAAAGGUUCUCUGGAAAGAGACAUUUAAUAGCACACACGAGACGACACACUGGCGAGAAACCCUUUGUCUGCUCGGUUUGCGGUAAAGCAUUCUCUGUAAGUGGACAUUUGAAAACUCACACAAGAACACACACUGGGGAAAAACCUUAUGCCUGUGAAGUAUGUGGACUUAGAUUCACUCAGAAGAUUAGCUUAACAAAUCACAAAAGAACACACACUGGCGAAAAACCUUUUCCCUGUUCAUAUUGCGUCAAAAGCUUCUCAACAAAGGGACAUUUAACAACGCAUGAAAGAACACAUACUGGAGCGAGACCUUUUGCCUGCUUACUUUGUGGCAAAGGAUUCUCUACGAGUGGACACCUCAGAAUUCAUACCAGAACACACACUGGAGAGAAACCUUUUGACUGCUCAGUUUGUGCCUUAAGUUUCCGUGAUCAUUCCGGCUUGGCUAAACACAUGAGAUCACAUGCUGACUAAAAAGCAUUGUGAUGAAAGAUUCCACUAAACACCAGAUGUACACAGUUAAAGGACCCGGGAGUUGUAGUGUGUGUUUUAAAUUAUUUAAUGAUAAGUUAUCAAUUUAAGAGAUAGAAUUGCGUUUUAACAAAUUCUGGAAUGUAUAACAACAGUAUGUGUCUUUUUUUUAAGCUGGGGUAAACUGAUAUUUUUGGUAUUAUUGUUUACCUUUUGUUUCUGCUUGCAAGGAAGGUAAGCUGUUGUAUUUUUAUUUAAACAAUACAUAAGUUAAAUUGGAUUAUUUUCCCAGGAAGAAUUUUUGUUUGUUUGUUUUGGUGUUGGUUCACCGCAGAGUUCUUUUGCUAAGUUAUUGUUU